UCUGACUGCGGUGAAGAUGACUUGGAGGCGAAUCUAAAGCUCUAACAAGUUGCUCAGAGUCAUUCACUGCGGGUGCUGAAAGGAGAGAUGAAAAGCAGCAACGUGCGUGCGUUGUCACUCCUCUUUCCAUCAUUUGCUGCCCACGGUGAAUAGCGGCGCGGCUGCUGCUGCGCACAAACACACAGACCCACGCGUAGGCUCCCUCCAAUCCACACGUUUUCAUCUCUAUCUCGUUCAUUCCGGUUCCAGUGACCAACCGGGGUUGAUAGAACACGGCUCUGUGAACAUCACCAUUCAGCAAUGCCUUAUAACGAGCAUUAGUGGCAGUAGGAGAAAUGUGGGGCUGACAGGAGCUAUGGUCAAGCUGCUGCGCUAGGCUAGGGGCGAAGAAGGCGGAAUGAAAACCGAGGUGGCGGGGCUUUCUCUCCUCAGUGAAGUGGAUUGUUAAAUGUUCCUUUCUCUUCCUUUGACGAACAUGCUUUAUUUUCAGCUGGUGAUCAUGGCGGGGACGGUCAUGCUGGCAUACUACUUCGAGUACACAGACACGUUUAACGUGCACGUCCAAGGGUUCUUCUGCUAUGACAAUGCCUACGCGAAGCCGUACCUCGGACCGGAGGAGUCCAGCGCGAUCCCUCCCGCUCUACUAUAUGCGCUCGUGGCAGGGGUCCCAACACUUGUGAUCAUGAUCUCAGAGACCGUCCUGUUCUUGAUACAAUACUCGUCCAAAGAGCUGGACAGUCAGGAGAAGACCAUGCUGACAGGAGACUGCUGCUACCUCAACCCUCUGGUGCGCAGGACCUUUCGCUUUCUGGGAGUGUACACGUUCGGGCUGUUCACUGUGGACAUCUUUGUAAACGCGGGCCAGGUGGUGACGGGCAACCUGUCCCCCCACUUCCUGACAGUGUGUAAGCCCAACUUCACGGCCCUGGGCUGCCAGCAUGCCCUGCGCUACAUCAGCCACCAAGAGGCCUGCACCGGGAACCAGGAGGAUAUCCUGCGUGCACGUAAAACCUUCCCCUCCAAAGAGGCUGCUCUCAGCAUCUACGCAGCUCUCUAUCUCGCGAGUUACAUCACGUGCACGGUGAAAGCCAAAGGGACGCGGCUAGCCAAGCCUGUGCUGUCCCUGGGUCUGAUGUGUCUGGCCUUCCUCACAGGACUCAACAGAGUGGCUGAGUAUCGGAACCACUGGUCUGAUGUCAUCGCUGGCUUCGUCAUAGGAGUGGCCAUCGCUACCUUCCUGGUGGUGUGUGUGGUGCAUAACUUCAAAGGCAAGCUGUUGCUCAGUGAAGACCCCCCGCAGGACAACAUGCCUAAUGCUCCCAUGAUGAACAUGUCCAGAGUGGAGAGCCCACUGGAGAAGUACAUCGCCUCGCAGAUCUGGGCAGGAGCGGACAGGGGUUAUAUGGCAGUUGAACCACAUUAUCAAGAAUCACAUCACCUUCGCUGAAGUCACAUGACGUUGAAUCGGCCGUUUUGCAAACCCAUUGGACAUCAACGCUCUUCACCGUCCAAUCAAAAAUGUAAUAGACGGGGUGCAACGCUAACUCAUUAUGUACGGCUACUGUAUAAGGUCUGUCUGUGUUGUUGUCUUGUCGGUCCCUGUAUCCUAUCCUAUGCCGCAGUCAUGUAAAAACUCCUCAAUAGCUUGAUGGGAAGCUCUUUGCUGUGUUUCUCCAUGUGUUUACUGCAUUUAUUUAAUCUAUUUUUGGACUUAAUCCCUAAAUGAGGAAAAUUGACCUGAUUCAACUUGAAUUAACUCGACUUGUCAUUAUAAGCAGAAAUGCUGACACGCUGUGACCCAGAUGCCACUUUAUACUGUAGAAGAGAGGACUUCAUCAUGGAAGUGACUGAUCCAUUUUUCCACAAUGUUGGUCGGAUAUGUUCUUAUUCAUUCUGCCAUCGCUUCAUGUAAAUUCUAUUUCAUCAUUGGACUCUAUUUUGUGUACACUAAGCAUUGUUACAUUAUCAGUAUCCUAAAUAAUGGGAAGAUAGGGAGCAUUAUUUUUCUCAAAGGUAGCCUACUGUAUGUUCUGUGGAAUUUGUAGAUUUGUAGAUUCAAAAAUGGCCCUGUUGCCACAUACAGGGACAUGUAUUUAAACCCCAGAUUAUGAGAAAUGCAAACCAAUGAUGUUGGUUAGACUUUGAUUCAUGUUGCUUCAUUUUUAUUCAUGUUGCUUCACUUUUAUUCAUGUUGCUUCAUGUGGCAGUUCCUAAAGCUGAUACGCCAUCACUUGGAGCUCGAAAAGGGGUUGGUUAUCAUCUGUGUGUCAGCGUGUUUGUGUGUGCGUGUGUCUCCUCUUUCUCUCUUUCUCUCUCUCUCUCUCUCUCUCUCUCUCUCUCUCUCUCUCUCUCUCUC